AUGACAAAAUUCCGGCCUUGUAUCGAUAUCCACGCUGGCGUGGUAAAGCAGAUUGUAGGAGGCACAUUAUCAGACAAGGGCGAUGCCGCUGCAUCGUUAGUAACAAAUCACACAUCGGCGCACCCACCAUCAUAUUUUUCGACCCUCUACAGAGAAAAUGGGCUUACUGGGGCGCAUGUUAUCAUGCUCGGCCCAAACUGUGAAAUUGCUGCAAGAGAAGCAUUGGAUGCUUGGCCAGGUGGAUUACAGGUCGGUGGAGGCAUAAAUAUCAAGAAUGCACAGCAAUGGCUCGAUUGGGGCGCGGAGAAGGUGGUCGUUACUUCGUAUCUAUUCCCGGAUGCAAAAUUCUCAUUGGAAAGGCUGCAAGAGCUAUCUUCCACUGUUGGCAAAGAUAAGCUGGUGGUUGAUGUGAGCUGUCGUCGGAGAGAUGAUAGGUGGUUCGUGGCUACCAAUAAGUGGCAGACAAUCACAGAUACGGAGGUUACCAAAGAUACGUUGGACAUGUUGUCAGAGUACUGUGCUGAGUUCUUGAUUCACGCUGCAGAUGUGGAAGGCCUCUGCAGAGGGAUUGAUGAAGAAUUGGUGAAGGCUUUAGGCAACUGGAGUACAAUUCCAACAACAUAUGCCGGGGGUGGGAAGGAUAUUGCAGACCUUACACUUGUGAAGGAGUUGAGUGCGGGGAAGGUUGAUCUUACCUUUGGCAGUGCAUUGGAUAUAUUUGGAGGUGAUAAGGUCAAGUUUGAGGAUUGUGUCAAGUGGAGUUAG